CCACUCAAAACUUGUAGUAUUCUUAAGUGUAAGGCCCUGGGAUGUUGUGCAGUGAAACCAAGUGAUAAGUGUCAAAAAAUAUGAAUUUCUACCAAAACUUUUACUCGACGGAUUACAACAAGUUGUACUACUCUAAUAACAACAAAUACAGUGAGACCGACGAUGUGAAGCAUAAAAAAUCCACGGACGACUCGAUCAAGGUCAAAACGAAAAAAAAAGAGUCCAAAAAGGAGCACCAAGAAGACCCAAAAACUCCAAAAUUGGACAAAGGAUACGAGACUGCAGAUUCUUUGAUUGACAGCGAAUUAGACGAGUUUUCUGAUGAGAAGGACCUCGAUCAUAUACUCGAACCCACCGAUUCGUCCUGCACGCAAAAAGGACCUAGAAAGUGCCUCGCGUGGGCCUGCAAGGCCUGCAAGAAAAAAACAGUUGCCAUCGAUCGUAGAAAAGCUGCUACAUUAAGGGAAAGACGGCGCCUACGAAAGGUAAAUGAAGCUUUCGAAUUGCUUAAAAAAAGAACCUGUAACAACCCUGGCCAAAGAUUACCCAAGGUGGAAAUAUUGAGAAGCGCUAUAGAAUACAUAGAGUACCUGGAAGAAAUUUUACAGGGAUCAAAAAAUAGUCUGGAUUCUAAAAAUAAUAGUGCUAGCUCAGAUUACUUGAAUAAUUCAACUGGACAGUAUGUUUGUGAAAGAUUACAGCAAUUUAGUGAACCUCUGAACAAAUUUUCCACCCACAAUGUAUUUGACCCCCCUUCCACAUCAAGUUUGGACUGUCUAAACUUAAUAGUUCAAAGUAUAACCAACAAAAAAUCUCAACAAAUUUCUAACAAUGAACCUACGUAAUUUUAUUAUCUACAAAAAAACCUAAUUUAUUUUAUUAUUUAAGUUACAAUUAAAAAUUUUACCAA